AUGGGUGUGUGUCCCUUGCUCCUACUACUUGGUCUAGCUCUCGGCGUCUCAACCCAGGAUCAUGCCGUGGUCACAAAUGCACCAAAUAUUUCUGCAAAAUCAACCCAACCCCCCACCGCACCGGUCUUCAACAUCACAGUUGCACCCACACUGUCCCCCACAGUCCAUCCCACAACAUUGCCGCUUCGGGUCACCCAGACAACAACAACAACAGCAGCAGCAGCAGCAGCAACAACAGCGGCGGCAGCAGCAGCAGCAGCAACAACGACAACGACUAGAAUUCCUCCUUUCCCACCUCAAGCUGCAACUGAUGGGCCUCAGCCAACGCAAAGCACAGAGACUCCUUCUCCUACCACCUUGGUGGGCAGUGAGGAUGAGACUACAGCACCAAUUCCAGAAAACCCUACUCCCGAAACAUAUAUUGAAGGUGAUUACUUUACAACGGAGACCGAGACUACGACAGAAGAAAUUGAUUUCACCUCAGAAGCCAGGCCCCAUGACAACAACCCUUCUGAUGACAUGCCAAUUAUAGCGGUGACAGUGGCCUUGUCUUCUUUGUUGGUCAUUAUCUUCAUCAUUAUCAUCCUCUACAUGCUCAGAUUCAAAAAAUACAAGCAGGCAGGAAGCCACUCCAACUCCUUCAGACUGACGAAUGGAAGAUCAGAUGAUACAGAACUCCAGAGUGUGCCACUAUUGGCCCGUUCGCCCAGUACAAACAGGAAGUACCCACCCCUUCCUGUCGACAAGCUUGAGGAAGAAAUGAAUCGUCGCAUGGCUGAUGACAACAAGCUAUUCAGAGAGGAGUUUAAUGCUCUGCCAGUUUGUCCUAUUCAGGCAACAUGUGAUGCAGCAUCCAAGGAAGAGAAUAAAGAAAAGAACAGAUAUGUCAACAUCCUACCAUACGAUCACUCCAGGGUGCAUCUGUCAUCAUUGGAAGGAGUACCAGACUCUGACUUCAUCAACGCGUCCUUCAUAAAUGGUUACCAGGAGAAGAAUAAGUUCAUAGCAGCUCAAGGACCGAAGGAGGAAACAGUAAAUGACUAUUGGCGGAUGAUCUGGGAGCAAAACACGGCUACCAUUGUGAUGGUGACCAAUCUGAAGGAGAGGAAAGAGUGUAAAUGUGCCCAGUACUGGCCGGACCAGGGCUGUUGGACAUAUGGGAACAUUCGUGUUUCUGUGGAAGACACGAUGGUUCUUGUAGAUUACACAAUCCGCAAGUUUUGCAUCCAACAAGUUGGAGAUGUAUCUGGAAAAAAGCCUCAAAGGCUUGUCACUCAGUUUCACUUCACCAGCUGGCCAGAUUUUGGUGUUCCCUUCACCCCUAUUGGUAUGCUGAAGUUUCUCAAGAAAGUUAAAACGUACAACCCUCAAUAUGCUGGGCCCAUUGUGGUCCACUGCAGUGCGGGAGUAGGAAGAACGGGUACAUUCAUUGUAAUAGAUGCCAUGUUGGAUAUGAUGAACACUGAGAGGAAGGUGGACGUGUUCGGCUUUGUCACCAGAAUUAGAGCCCAGCGAUGUCAGAUGGUCCAGACUGAUAUGCAAUACGUUUUCAUCUUCCAAGCUUUGUUAGAGCACUAUUUGUAUGGAGACACAGAGCUGGAGGUGACCUCUCUGGAGUCCCACCUAGCUAAACUGUAUGCUCCUUCACCAGGAGCAGGCUGCAGUGGUUUGGAAGCUGAAUUCAAGAAACUCACAUCAAUUAAAAUCCAGAAUGACAAAAUGAGAACUGGCAAUCUGCCUGCCAACAUGAAGAAGAACAGAGUACUACAAAUCAUUCCAUACGAGUUCAACAGAGUGAUUAUCCCAGUCAAACGAGGGGAAGAGAACACUGACUAUGUCAAUGCCUCUUUCAUUGAUGGCUAUCGUCAGAAAGACUCGUACAUGGCAAGCCAAGGCCCCUUACAGCACACCAUUGAGGACUUCUGGAGGAUGAUCUGGGAAUGGAGAAGCUGUUCAAUAGUCAUGCUCACUGAGCUGGAGGAGAGAGGGCAGGAAAAGUGUGCUCAGUAUUGGCCCAGUGAUGGAGUGGUGGCCUAUGGGGACAUCUCCAUUGAACUCAAAAGGGAGGAAGAAAGUGAAAGCUAUACAGUACGGGACCUCCUGGUUACCAACAGCAGGGAGAACAAAGCUCGAGCAGUGCGACUGUUUCAUUUCCAUGGAUGGCCAGAAGUGGGCAUCCCCACUGAUGGUAAAGGCAUGAUCAAUAUAAUAGCUGCAGUGCAAAAACAGCAACAGCAGUCCGGCAACCAUCCUAUCACAGUACACUGCAGUGCUGGUGCAGGACGCACAGGGACAUUCUGUGCAUUGAGUACAGUCCUGGAGAGAGUGAAGGCAGAAGGUAUUCUGGAUGUUUUCCAGACAGUCAAGAGCCUCAGAUUGCAGAGACCCCACAUGGUGCAGACACUGGAGCAGUACGAGUUCUGCUACAAAGUUGUCCAGGAGUAUAUCGAUGCCUUUUCUGACUACGCCAAUUUCAAAUAG